UGCAUGUUGUUUCUGGCCGGAGUCUUGAUAGUUAGGGGCAGCAAGCGUGUUGAAUACUGUAUACACUAAAAUGCCCAUGCUGAAUCCUCUGGUAGUAAUCAUUUGAAUUUAUCGAUGACCGUUUCUUAAACGAGUCGACGGAUAUUUUGUUCAUCGUUUUGAAAGAGGGUAAAAACUAAAGUAAUCCCAGCGUUGGCUGCCAGCCAUCAUGAAGAUCAAGCGACAGAAACUAGCAAAGAAAACUAUAAGUUUCUACAAGUACAACUUUAGCUUUAGGGAACCGUUUCAGAUUCUCGUUGAUGGGACUUUUUGUCAGGCGGCGUUGAAAAACAAGAUUCAGAUCAAGGAACAGAUUCCCAAAUACUUGAUGGGGGAGAUUCAGCUCUGCACCACAAGCUGUGUACUGAAAGAACUGGAGAGCCUGGGGGGUCAACUGUAUGGAGCUAAAGUCAUCCUGCAGAGGUUUCAGGUCAGGAAGUGUCCACAUUUCAAGAAACCAGUGUGUGCUUCAGAGUGUCUGCUGUCCAUGCUGGAGGAGACAAACCCACACCAUUACUUUGUUGCUACACAGGAUCCCUCAGUGACCGCAGGUCUGAAGAAAGUCCCUGGUGUUCCUCUGCUUUACAUCGUUCUCAACACUAUUGUGCUGGACAAGCCCAGCCAGGUGUCCCUUGACCAUGUCCAGGCCAUCCAGCUGGGAAACCUUAUCAGUCCUUCCCAGCAGCAGAGCAUCCACAGCCUGAAAGAUGAGCAGGGCAUCAGCAGGAGUGACGGAGAGAGCCAAGGGAAGAAGAGGAAGAGAAAACAGCACCAUCCCAACCCUCUGAGCUGCCUAAAGAAGAAGAAGAAACCACAAAAAACACCGCUAAAGAAAACUGAGCCAGGUGAGAAGCGAAAAAGAAGUCGUCACAAGAGACGAAAGAAAAUGGGAGGUGACGUGUCUGCUCCUGCAGUCACAAAUCCAUAAUAUGGAUAGCAACCUUUAUUUAAUUAGAUCAAACAUGUUGUAAACCCAGUUUAAAGCCUAUUUUAACAAUUAGGCACUGUACAUUAACCUAAGGUCUGUUUGUCAUCAUUACUACAUGAAAUAAACAAAUUCUGAUUACACAAAUAAUAUUUCAAACUAAAAUUUGUUUUAUUUUGAAAAAAUGUUUCUGGGAUUUAAGACCUACAGGCAGUAAUACUUACUGUAUUAAUAAUACAUACUGAAAAGAAAAAAGUGAUGAUUUGUUUUUGCUUACAUACAAAAGUAAAAAGCGGGUUAACAGGCAGAAAUGAUUUAAGAUGGACAGAUAUAAAGAAUGAUGCAUUCAGCUGUCCUUUUAGAAGCAUAAGGAAGAUGUGUGGUCACAAUGCCCUGGUGAUUUGUUUAAAGCGUACUAUUUAAAAUGAAAAUUAGUUCUUAGUAUUUGUACAUACCAAAUAUGUCUACUCAGACAUCACGCGAUUGAUUGAUGGAUAUUGUCAUGUCAUAUUUUUAAAUAAAACCAUUCUCUGGUAUAUGUUACAACAAUAAAUUCUUGGUCAAAAGAC